AUGGAGACGGAGCGACCCAAAGUGCUCGCCUCUCUCGCCGCACUUCUACUGCUGCUGCUGAUCACGGUCGGCGCGCUCGUGCCGGACAUCGGAGUACAAGCAAGAGCACUCCUUGUCUGGAAAGCCAGCCUCAGCAACCAGAGUCAGCAAGCCCUGAUGUCCUGGGAGAACGCCUCCACGCUCUGCAGCUGGCACGGCGUCAGCUGCACGGUGCACCAGCGCCGGCCUGUGAUCAGCGGUAUCUCCCUGAGGGGGAUGCAGCUUAGAGGGACAUUGGAGUUGCUCAACUUCACAGUGCUGACGACGCUGACAAGUCUCGACCUCUCUCACAACUACCUCUCCGGGGGCAUCCCUCCAGGCAUCGAGACUCUGGAGGAGCUCCAAAGUCUGCUACUGCAAGGCAAUCAGAUAAGAGGCUCGGUACCACUAGAUAAAAUGAGUAGCAACCUUGUGACCCUCAACUUGUCACUCAAUCAUUUAGUUGGUCACAUCCCUUCUGAAAUAGGCCACCUAACUCACUUAGUCACAUUAGAUCUGUCUAGCAAUAAUCUUUCUGGCUCAAUCCCAAGCAACAUCGGUGGUUUGACAAAACUCGCCACCUUGAAUCUUUGCCAAAAUGAACUUUCAGGGCAAAUUCCACAAGAAUUAGGUUACCAAGUGAACUUAGAGGUCUUGGAUCUUAGUGAAAACACACUCUCGGGUUCCAUCCCAGACAUCUUAGGGAAUUUGACAAAACUCAACAGCUUGUACCUUUGGGACAACAAACUUUCCGGACAAAUUCCACAGGAAUUAGGUUACCUUGUGAACUUAGAGGGUUUGUCUCUUCAAAAAAACAUACUCUCAGGUUCCAUUCCAAGAAAUUUAUGUAAUUUGACCAAGCUCACUUUCUUACGCCUUUGGGAGAACAUACUUUCUGGUCAAAUUCCACAAGAAUUAGGUAACCUUGUGAAGUUAGAGAAUUUGGCUCUUCAAGAUAACACACUCUCUGGUUCUAUCCCAAUAACCAUAGGGAAUUUGACAAACCUCACUCUCUUGUACCUUUACAAGAACCAACUUUCGGGACCUAUACCUCAAGGAAUUGUCAAGUUAUUGAGUCUGGUUAAGUUGGACCUCGCUUUUAACAACCUAUCAGGUGCCUUGCCAUUCAACCUCUGUGUGGGAGGUCAGCUACAACAUUUGUCUGCUACUAGCAACAACUUGGUUGGACCCUUACCAUCAAGCUUGCUAAGUUGUAAGAGCCUAGUAAGGGUUCGACUUGAACGAAAUAACCUUGAAGGAGAUAUCACCGGGAUGGGAGCUUAUCCAAAUCUUCUCUAUAUUGAUGUCAGUUCAAACAAAUUGUUCGGCAGAUUAUCUCAUCUUUGGGGUGGGUGCUACAAACUUACUGUGUUACGUGCAUCAAACAACAAUAUAACUGGAGUAAUACCAUCAAGUAUAGGGAAAUUAACUCAGCUGGGGAUACUUGAUGUUUCAUCAAACAAGCUUGAAGGACAGAUUCCAAGAGAAAUAGGCAAUCUAACGAUGUUGUUUAACCUGAGCCUUUCUGGUAACUUGCUCCAGGGAAAUAUGCCACAAGAAAUUGGAUCGCUGAACAACUUGGAGUAUCUAGAUUUCUCAUCAAACAACCUAACUGGGCAAAUACCAAGAUCAAUUGAGCAUUGCCUAAAGAUUCACUUUCUGAAGUUGAGCCACAAUCACCUAAAUGGUACAAUUCCUAUUGAACUUGGGAUGUUAGUAAACCUACAAGAUAUGUUGGAUCUAAGUGACAAUUCAAUUGUUGGCUCUAUUCCAAGUCUGUUAGAUGAUCUUGGUAUGCUUGAAGCCUUGAAUCUUUCUCACAAUGCACUGAACGGUAGCAUACCACCAUCAUUUCGGAGCAUGACCAGCCUCCUAUCCAUGGAUGUGUCAUACAACAAACUAGAAGGGUUAGUGCCACAUACUAGGUUUUUCGAGGAAGCUCCAAUCAAAUGGUUCAGGAAUAAUAAGAAAUUGUGUGGUGUUGUGAAAGGUUUGCCCCCUUGUGACCUUCCUCGAAGUAGUAAACAAGGGAAAAAGUCUGGUGCUAGUUUACUAGUUAUUAUUCCAGUUGUUAUAUCUUUUGUGUUUGUCAUUACACUAGUAAUAACAUGGCAUUGCAAAAGGAAGAAAAAUAAGAUAGAAACAACAAAUGAAGUACAACAGACCAUGAUGUUCGCCAUCUGGAACUUUGAUGGGGAAUAUGUAUACAAGAAAAUUGUUGAUGCCACAAACAACUUCAGCAAAGAUUUUUGCAUCGGAUCUGGAGGGAAUGGAUCUGUCUAUAGGGCUCAGUUAGCAACAGGUGAAUUAUUUGCAGUGAAGAAGAUCCAUGUGGCAGAAGACGAUGAGCAAUUUAACCGUGAAAUACACUCGCUGAUGCACAUUCGACAUCGCAACAUUGCAAAGUUAUUUGGUUACUGCUCUGCAACUCAGGGGAGAUUCCUUGUAUAUGAAUACAUGGGCAGAGGGAGCUUAGCAGCAUCUUUAAAUUGUCUGGAAACUGCAGUUGAAAUGGAUUGGACGAGGAGGUUAAAUAUUGUUAGGGAUGUUGCUCAUGCUUUGUCAUACAUGCAUCACGGUUGCUUCGCGCCGAUAGUCCACAGAGAUAUAAAGAGCAGCAAUGUUUUGCUUGAUCUUGAAUUUAAGGCUUGCAUCUCGGAUUCUGGUCUAGCAAAAAUACUAGAUGUGAAUGGAUCAAACUGCACAAAUCUUGCCGGGACCAAAGGAUAUCUUGCCCCAGAGCUUGCAUACACAACAAAGGUGACCGAGAAGUGUGAUGUUUAUAGCUUCGGAGUGCUGGUCCUAGAGUUGUUCAUGGGACAUCACCCAGGUGAUUUCCUUUCAUCCAUUGUUCACAAAACUACCUUACUUCGCAAUUGGCUGGACACACGGCUCCCACUCCCGGGACCUGAGAUCGCAAGUGAGAUGUUUCAAAUGAUCGUCGUCGCUAUUCGGUGCAUAGAGCCAGAUCCAUCACACCGUCCAACAAUGCAACAAGUACUCAAGGUGCUGUCAACAGUUGAACGGUCACCUGCUGAUCAUCUUGAUUAUCUCCAAACCGGCAUUGUCAUCCCUGCCUGCUGGUCAUGAAUGUUCAUGUGGCUAGCACAUUGUUGUUUCUUUCCUUAUGAUUACAUAGCCUCUAUGGUUGGUAAUUUGUUUUCUUCCUUACCCU